AUGCACACACCCAGCCCUGACCGGUCACAACCCUCGCACGAUCUUACCCCUACUGAUACUCGGUUGCCAUGGUUACACAUACAGACCAGUGUGUGGUACGAGUUCCUGGUGGGAUUGCUGUUAGUGCCCAAAGGUGAGCAGCAACUGCUGGCCCUGAACCCUUUGCUAACCCCAGCACACGCACGCAAUGCCAUGGACUUCAUAGCCUUCUCGCUGUUGUUUAUGAACCGCAUUGGCCAGACACGGAGAUGUAUCAAUGCAGCUGCAGAGCUCGUCAAGCUGAUGAAG